CUACUCCUUACCGUCCAAAAAUGCAACCAGCCUCCCUCUACAACCAACAACUCAACGCAGCAACUCUAUCAGACCAAGCAAUCCUUCAAGCAACAUUAGCAGCCCAACAAGCAACGGCUAUUACAAACUCUGCAUACUCUUCUUCAAACGGAGAUAGUUCAUCCCCACCUACUGGAAGUAGGGAUACAAGAUUUACAAAAAUAUUCGUUGGUGGACUUCCUUACCAUACAACAGACGAAUCGUUGAAUAAUUAUUUUAGUCAAUUUGGGGAGAUCGAAGAAGCGGUGGUAAUAACCGACAGGCAAACACAGAAAAGUCGUGGUUAUGGCUUUGUAACAAUGAAGGAAAGAGCUCAAGCUGAAAAAGCUUGCCGCGAUCCAAACCCAAUAAUUGAUGGCCGAAAAACAAAUGUUAAUUUGGCCUAUUUGGGAGCUAAGCCUAGAAACAAUUCGCACCUGGCUGUCCUUUCUCAAACGCUUGGACAACUUCCACAAUUACAGGCAAAAGAUACUUUUAUUAUAUUUUUUAUAAUUUACGGCAAAAGCAGUUCAAUUGCAAGCAGCUCUCCAAUUACAACAGCAACAACAACGGUAUGCGGAUUAUUUAUUUUUCCCUAGUAAACUUAAGGGUAAUUCAAAAUAAAUUUUAAAUUUAAAAUUCAGUGCAUGAAGAGAACAUUUCAAAAAAUUAAAUAAAUGUGAGUCCCCAAUUUUUGAGGUUGAAGUGUUUUCGGAAUUCACAAUAAAUAUAUAUACCACCGUAUUACCUCUAAUAUAACACCUUC